AUGCUGGCCGACAGGGAGGUCCAAAUUAACGGACACAAACCGAAAAGAACUAUAGAACCUCACCAUGGAGCGGUGAAGGAGCACUUGAAUGUAGCGGUGAAGGUCAAGGUCAAGAGAAAAAAACGACAAAAUACCUUCCUUAAAGAAAAAACCAGUAAAAUACCUUCCUCGCUCGGAAGAACAAGGCAAAUUUCCACAAAACGUACACGCGUAAUUGAAUCCCAACAGAAAAAUAUGUUAAUAGCGAAGAAUAUUUAUAAGAAACAAAGGAAUCAACUUAUGUUGCCAGUGGAAGAGGCAUUAUAUAUGAUACGUCUUAUAGUAAACAAAUUCCAUCUCGCAAAAGAAGAAAAUAUUCAAAUAAAAGAUGCCUAUGGCAGAAUACUGGCAAAUAAAAUAUAUUCCUCUGUAAAUGUGCCGCUUUGUAACAUUUCUGCUAAACGUGGAUACGCGAUAUUAGCCAGCGACGGGAAGGGCAUAAGAAGAGUAUUGAAAGCACAUCCCACGUUCGCAGAGAUUUCGAUCAUACCUGGCACCUGCGUGCGAGUGAGAAGUGGAGAACCCAUACCUAAUGGAGCAACGGCAGUUGUAACAUUAGAGAAUACAAAGAUAUUGGAAGAAUACAGCCAUAAUGACGAUGAUUAUUUUAAUAUCGACGACAAAGAAUACCAAAUUGAAGUUUUAGUAGCCCUAAAAAAAAACGAGAAUAUUAGAAACGCUAGCUGCGAGAUGCAACGCGCCCAAUGCAUUUGCAAUAAAUUCGCUCGUAUCGGAUUAGCGGAACUGGGCAUUUUGACAUUAUGUGACAUAAAUUCAGUUCCAGUCAUUCAAAUUCCAUCUGUAGGUCUGCUAUCUAUCAGUAGCGAAUUGAAAGAGCCUGGAAACACAUUAAUUCUAGGACGCAUCUACGACUGCAACAGGAUAAUUGUGUCCUCGUUAUUGAAGAAGAAUAAUUAUGAUCCGGAGGACUUAGGAAUUUCUGCUCACAAGUUGGAUGAUAUGGUCAAUAAAAUUAAGAACGCUUUAGACAAAGUGGAUAUACUCGUAAUAAUGGGCCAUACAAAUGACAAAGAUCUAUUGAAGCCUAUCUUAAAGGCAUAUUUUAACGCAAUGAUACAUUUCGGUCGCGUGGAGAUGAAACCAGGAAAAUCGACAAUGUUUGCAACGUGCACGUUCAAACAUAAAAUGAAGUUUUUCCUAUGCAUGUCGGCAAAUCCCACAACUGUUUCCGUUGUCAGGCAUGUAUUGUUUCUGCCAUUUCCGAACGAAAUGUAUUGCAGUUACUUGACAAAGCCAAUUAGCAUACAGGCUUGCAUAAAUACAAAACACGAGCUGCAUUCGCGUCCGAAAUUUUCCUGGACAACAUUACGCUGGAUGGAGACAGAAAUGUUUCCGAGAACUUACUGCUUACAAAAUCAAUAUCAAAAUGUAAUGAACUAUCAAAAGGAUAAUGCGCUUCUAAAGUUGCCAUCGUGUUCGCCAAAUCAGCCGAUAUUAGAUGCAGCAUUCGUACCAACGAUGUUUCUCGGCUGAAAAAUCUAAGAUAUUCCUGAUCGACUAGUAGGACAUUUGCAUACAUUUGCGUUAUUUAGUUAUAUAUAAUUAU